AUGGAUGGUCAGGGGGCUGCAAGCGGAGGAGCCUCAAGCCCGACUACGAGUGUGAGACCUGGUACGAGCGGAAGCUUCAAGAGGAAGAGAAGUGGUGUGGAAUUCGAAAGUAGCCCAGGCAGCGGAGUGGAGGGAGAGGAUGACGACGGAGAAAGAAGAAGACAGCCAGGCGUUAAAAGAGCUUGCAAUGAAUGUCGGCAACAAAAGCUCCGCUGCGAUGUCGUCCAAGAUCCAUUUACCACUUGUUCGAGAUGUAGUCGAUUGAAGCUUGAAUGUAAAAUCGAAUCGAAUUUCAAACGAGUCGGCAAGCGAAGCAAACAUGCGGAAAUGGAAAAGCAAAUUGAGACGUUGCAGCGACGUUUACAGCAAGCAAAAGCGCAAGGCUUCGUGGUUGAUGAGAAUGACGAGCUCGAGUCACCAAUUGCGAAUGGCGCAUAUGCAAGAAAUGCUCAGGCAUACAUAAACUCCGAUGAGGCUGUAUCAUCGUUACUACAUCUGAAGCAGGGAGGAGGAUCGUUUAUACCACCACGCUAUGUGAAAGAGUUGGAAGGGGUGGGCUUGACAGAGGAGGCUAUCAACCAGCUCUUCCAUGAGUACUGGACCUGUUACCAUGCAUAUUUGCCGUUCCUAAACCCCCACCAGACGCCCGAGCAAUACUAUCAACAACAUCCACUAUUAUUUUGGGUUAUAAUUGCUGUCGCCUCUCGCCGGUACACCCUCGACCCUACUCUUCUAACUGCCCUCUCCGGACCAUUGUCACGACUUUUAUGGACAACUGUCGGAGAAGUGCCGAAUAGCCAUCAUGUUGUCAAAGCAUUAUGUAUACUUUGCACAUGGCCUUUACCGACAAGCACAACAUCAACAGACCCGACUCACAUAUUGUGUGGAGUCAUGAUGAAAGCUGCGACAGGAAUUGGUCUUCACCGUCCCAAUCAUACACAAGAUUUCUCCCGCGUUUCAAUCGAUCUUAAUAAAGAGCAACUGCAUGACCGCGUAGUCACCUGGGCCGUGUGCAAUAUUGUUGCGCAGAGUAUUGGUACAGGUUAUGGCCAGCCUGCUUCGACUCUUUACGAUUGGACCCUUGCAGUUAGACCAGGAGCCGAGGGCCCAUAUGUGUUGACACCGGAGCUCGAUGCUAGGCUUCAACUUGAAAGAUUCUGUGACAAGGUUUCCAAGGAGAUGUACAGCAACGUCAGCGAUCCCAGAGGUGUUGCGGGCGAUGAAAUCAGAGCCAUGUUGACGAGAGUUUAUCGUCGAGAGUACGGGGAACUUCACUCAACAAUCAUGAUGAAUCAGAACCUCUCUCAGAUAGUCAACCUCCAUUUGAAGGCUGCUGGCUUACAUCUCCGCUUAUCUGCUUUCUUUGACUCAAGUGGAACAGCAGGUUAUAUGGAAGAUCUUAUGGCUUUGUGGAGAGCAGCUGUAGCAUUUCUAGACCUGGUGUUUGAGCUUGAAAGCUCCACGACCGAUGGAACGAAUGGGGGUAUUCUCCGUUAUGCUACCAACUACAUCAUGCAAAUGAUCAUAGCUGCUUGCUUUACUCUUCUUAAGCUUUUGAGCUCUUUCUUUGCGCCAGAAAUCGAUUUUGAACGUGGAAGACGUCUUUUUCAUCGGACCAUUCAGAUUAUUCGAAGUCUAAGCGUAAUCAACAAUGAUCUUCCCUGGAGGCUGGCGGAGUUGAUGGUGCAGAUGUGGAAUGGAGCUCGUGUUGAAGCCCGCCGUGCCUUGCAACAAGACAGCAAUGGUAAUGAUGAGCAAACAAGAACCAUUAUUGAUGACAGUCUGCAACUCAAGGUUCGGUGCCGAAUGAGUAUGAGUUUGGUUUUCGAUUCGAUUUGGCGCUGGAGAGAAGAAUUUCAAGCUCAAGGCAGAAAUCUAGAAGCAUCUCUGAAAAAUCCCACAAAUCCAGACAGCGCAGCUGAAUCAUCCGCGUCAUCUACGCAUCAAAUGGACAGCACACUCAUGGCACCUACACACCAACUCCAAAAUCACCUCAUGGCUACGAGCAAUGCUGAAGCUGUUACACCAAGUAACGGCCUUCCAAGCGGUAUGAUGACUGGGAUGGCCUACAACGAGAGUAAUUACGAAGUGUUCGACCCUCUCAACUGGAUGCUCGAUGGACUCGUCGAUUUUCCGUAUUCUUACAACGCUGUUCAAGGACUCGAAGCCAAUGGUAUGGGGUAG